AUGUCAGACCAGGACGACAAACCACGCCUUACCGAAGAGGAGAGGAAGGCCAAUCACAUUGCAUCCGCAGAGCAGAAGCGCCGACAAGCCAUUCGCGAUGGGUUCGACCGGCUAUCGGUCAUCGUGCCCGGCAUGGUGGGCAUGGCACGUUCCGAAGGCGUCGUGCUCCGACACACCAUCGGCCUCAUCCACGAGCAGCUGAAGGAGAGAGAGGCUCUUAUCCGGGAACUCGAGGCGAAAGGCGAGACGGUGGAUCCGGCCCUGAAGACGGGAUACCAGGAGUAA